AAAAGAGAGACGAUGAGUGACGACCUGUGUUCGGUAAUCUAUGGCCUCGCUCUCUCUCAGUUGUUCGUUACCUCUCCAACCACCUUCUUCACAGCUUCGUAAACUCAUAGACCCACCAACAACUUUAACUCCUCAUACCAGUAGGAGCUUAAAACCCAUUGUGGUAUGUGGAAACCCACCCACUUUCGUCUCAGCUCCUGACCGCCGAAUCGUCGCCGUUGGGGAUCUGCAUGGAGAUCUUGCCAAAGCAAGAUGUGCGCUUGAGAUGGCUGGUGUCUUGAGUUCUGAUGGUCGAGACUUGUGGACCGGUGGAGAGACGGUAUUGAUACAGCUUGGAGAUAUACUCGAUAGGGGUGAAGAUGAAAUAGCUAUUUUAUCCCUAUUAAGGUCGUUGGAUAUCCAGGCAAAAGCUAAUGGCGGAGCAGUUUUCCAGGUGAAUGGAAAUCAUGAGACCAUGAAUGUAGAAAGGGAUUUCAGAUAUGUUGAUUCUGGGGGUUUUGAUGAGUGCACGAACUUCCUGGAGUAUUUGGAUGCCUGUGACCAUAACUGGGAAGACGCUUUUGUUAGUUGGGUGGGUGUGUGUGGAAGAUGGAAAGAAGAUCAAAAAAUGUCUCAUAAUUACUGGGAUCCACGAAAUCUGGUGAAGUGGCAGAAGGGAGUGAUUGCAAGAUCAAUCCUCCUAAGACCAGGAGGUCCGCUUGCAUCUGAGUUGGCACGACAUGCUGUUGUUCUCAAAGUUGAUGAUUGGGUCUUUUGUCAUGGUGGCCUUCUUCCUCACCAUGUUGCCUAUGGCAUAGAGAGGAUGAACAGGGAAGUGUCUGAUUGGAUGAGAGGCCUCAGUGAGAUUGAUAGUUGUCCACAAAUCCCAUUCAUUGCCACCAGGGGCUACGACAGUGUCGUCUGGAACCGUUUGUACUCUAAAGAUAUUUCAAAUCUGGAAGACUAUCAGAUUGAUCAGAUCCAAGCAAUUCUUGAAGAGACACUGGGAGCAGUAGGAGCUAAGGCAAUGGUUGUGGGACAUACUCCUCAAACUACAGGAGUAAAUUGUAAGUACAGUUGUAGCAUAUGGCGCAUUGACGUGGGGAUGUCUAGUGGAGUUCUGGAUUCAAGACCUGAGGUGCUAGAAAUAAGAGACAAUAAAGCAAGGGUCAUAAGGAGCAAAAGGGACACAUUCAGUGAACUUCAGGUUAUUGACUAUACGUAGACAGUUCAGAAAAGCCAAGGAAUGAUGAGAAAAUUAAACAAAAUCCCACAUGAUUUGCAAAUCAUCUUAAGGAGAUAUCCUGUAGAAUUGUUCAAGUCAAAUUUGAUAGCAGUCAAGAUUAACCAUUUAUCGAUGGCUCACAUUAUCUGUGAAGGGUGAGGUCAACAAUGGCAAAAACGGGUUGGUUUUCGUCAUUUGAAAAAGGCUACAUAUAGGCUAGGCAAGCUUUGUAUCAAAAAUAGAAAGCAUCCCAUGAGGAUAGAAUUUGGGGUUGCAUUGAUAUGAAAGAUGUAAUUGUUUCUACCGAGAAAAAUAUAGAAAUUGGCCAACUUAUAUGUAUAUGAAUAGCAGAUUUGAUUUGAUUGUACUUAUGUAGUAGAUGGAAACUCAUGAAUGAACUUCUGGUUUCUUGGGAUGAUUUGUGCAGUAGGCUCAUUAAAUAGAGGAUGAAUAAAACUUG